UACCAUUUCUAGGAAAUGUAAGAUUCGCAGAAUGGCCAUUGGGCAGUAAACUCGCCGACCAAGAACAAACCAACUGCGGAGAAAUAACUCUUACGUUUUCAUAUCAUGGCAAAUCAGUCGAAGAAGACUGUAUGUCUCUUUCAUUGCGAUAAAACCUAUAAUCUUGGUAUUGUGGAAGCGUUUCUCGAAGAAAUGAACGAGAAAUACGGACUCGAGUUCGUAAUUCAAAAACAUGAAUUUCGAUUGUUUCAAAUGGCCGACGUCUGUGAGACCAUCAUUCCUCAACUGCAGAUGGACUGCGCUAUUUUUGUUGUGCAAGCCAAUGAAUCUCGACUCUCUAUCAACGAAGACAACGCUGGAAUUGGCUACUCAGAGAUCUACAGAGCUUUGCUGAAGGCCACGGACAACCAGGUGUUGAUAGUCAUUGGCGGAGACGAUAAUUACGCAAGUGAAGACGAAGAAGAGAGGGUUGUUAUCUCACGCUGGGCACGAAGGAAAGUGGCGUCGCAGUUUGAGGAUGAGUAUCUCGAUGGAAGAAAAAGCUUCAUUUUUUCUUGGAACAAGAGGCAUAGAGAAAUCCACGAGGAAGCAUUGUUGCAUUACUUUGAUCCAAGCAAGAACGGAAUAAAGUUUGAAUACCCACCCAAACAAAACCCAGACAACUACCACGGGGCAACGUGUGAACAUGACAAGAAAACGCGUCUGAGAAAUGAAAAUAAAGAGCAAGAAGAACCCAUGAACAGCGAGAUCAAAGGUGUAGUUGAGAGACCUCAAUAUGAAGGAAAUAGAGACAAGACAGGUAGGACAGAGACUAAUAAAUUGAGAAGUUCUCAAGGACAAAUCAAUUACGGAGCUGUGUGUCAUUAUCCAGCAGGCACUGUACUCCUGGAGACGCGUUUGCUCCAUGGCGAGAUUUCAUACAGAAAGUGGCACAUUGUAAAGCGAAAGGAUCAAUGGAAGCCUUCUGAAACUCAUACAUCGGAUCUGAGGGCAAAACAGUUUAUUGAACACAGUUCGGUGCAGUUUUUCUCUACAGGCAACGGUGGAAUCGACUAUACACUAUUACCCACAACUAGGCUGCGCAGAUGUAUAGAUUGCUUUAGGAUGUGUUGUUGUUAUGCUUGCUUUUAUGACGAUUAGGAUUAGUAGUAGUUUGCAGACCUUUGGCAUAUUUUCAAUCAAGAAAUCUGCUAGUCUUCGCAAACUGCUAUCACUUCUGAGAAACACUUUGCAAUAGCUACUCGCGUAUCCGAAUUUUACUAUCCCUCCAAAAAAAACUGGAUUAUCGUCAGAAGGAGUUAGUAGUCACCAAAUCAAUAUUUAUAAAUGCAAUAGCCGCGAUACUUCAGCUCUCAGGCUUCAACGGUAAAUUUAGUGGAGUUUAAAUUCUAGUUCUAUUCUUUGGUGGAAUACGAGAGCUCACCCUCUCCGUAUUACAAAGCAGUCGUUUUCUUAAGAAAAAGCUUCAUCAAGUAACAUCCACCUCUUAUUUUUAGAUAAGAAUUGACAAAAAUUAGAGAAUAUGAAUUGAUAAGGGAGACCGACAGAAAGUCAUGACGGCUUAUACAUCAUCUGGUCUACUGCCGCAGUUUGAUUCAUUAGUAAAACAUCAAGGGAAAAAAAUUAUCGCCUAGCUGAUUUUACAGUUAAACGUGUGACUAACUAGCACAUGUAAGAUCGAUCAGUGACCAUUUUUUUCAAUAUUCUUAGCCUUUACAAGGGAAAGUGUCAUGACAGAUAUGAAAGAAAACGAUUAGCGGUAGCAUCUAUUCCUUGAACAGUAGAAUAACAAUACCUUUGGUAGUGAAAACAAUAUGAAUAAGUAAGCUCUGCGAUUUUAUUGUAAUGUGUUUUGUUUGAUAGAGGGAACCCUUCAAUUUAAAGCCUCAAGUUGAUGGGUUUCUCGGCGCUAACUCAUCAUGUGUAUAAGUUAAGACUUUGUAAAUUUGGGGGAAAAAAUCUGGCAAUAAACAAUCAACAAUUACUAUGA